AUGUCUAACCAACAACCGGCGCUCACUCUCUACGUGUACAAGGGUUCCUGCACGAUAGCAGCCCACAGUCUCCUCGCCCACAUCGGCGUGCCCUACAAGAUCGUCAUCCUCCAAAACGGCCCGGGCGGAAAUUCCACCAACAGCCGUAUCCAAGCCGCCGACGGGAGCCUCACGUACGAGGAUUUCCUCAAGAUCAACCCCAAGGGCUACGUCCCCGUCCUCACCAUCGGCGAGGGAUCCGCGCGCGAGGUCCUCACGGAGCUGCCCGCCAUCCUGACCUACGGCGCCCUGCUCGCGCCCGACCUCAACCUCCUCGGCACCGGCGUGUUGGGCCGCGCUCGGGUGGCGGAAUGGCUGGCCUGGGCGUCCGGCACGAUCCACACUCUCGGUUUCGCGGGCUUUUGGAGGCCCGGGCGGUUCGCGGAUGAUUCUAACCCCACCACCAUGAAGGACAUUCAGAAUCGAGCGGAGAAGACCAUUGUCGGUGCGUUUGCGCAGAUUGAGGAGAAGCUGAAGGGUUGCGAGUGGGCGGUCGGCGAUGCUUUGACCGUGGUUGACUUCAACUUGUACGUGUACUGGACCUGGUGGAUUACGGAGCGUCCUGAUGGCGAGGUCGCGGCCCAGCAUCCCAACUAUGCCAGGCUCGUUGCGAAGGUGCAGGCUUUGGACGGCCCAGGAGAACUCCACCUAAAUCCCUCAGCGCGUCACGUUCGUCUCGGAUCCGGAGACAUGGCGGACCUAGAAAAGAAGGACGACACCAUCGCGGGCACCGAUUGCGAGGGAUCCGACAAGAUGUCCGCGGAGGGGAUGCAGCCCUCGCCUCGCCCGUCUCAUGAGCCCGAACCCGGGACCCGCUCCGACUCCGAGCCCGAGCCUGUUUUUGUCGGAUGGGAUGGAGGCGAUGAUGACCCGAUGAACCCGAGGAGCUUCGCCAAGGCUCGGAAGUGGGUCAUUGUGCUCAUCGUGUCCUCGGCGAGCUUUUGCGUGACCGCGACGAGUUCCAUCUACACGUCAACGUACACCCAGAUGGAAGCCGAGUUCGGCAACUCGCGGAUCGUAUCGGUCCUCGGGCUUUCCCUAUUCGUCCUCGGCCUCUCGUGCGGACCGCUCUUCUUCAGCCCGCUGAGCGAGUUCUACGGCCGCCGACCCAUCUACCUCGUCGCCUGGGUCCUGUUUCUCAUCUGGCUCGUGCCGCAAGCGGUCGCCCGCAACGUGGCGACCAUCAUCGUGUGCCGGUUCCUCGCCGGCUUCGCCGGCAGCACCUUCCUCGCCGUGUCCGGCGGCACGGUCAGCGACCUCUUCUCCAAGGACGAGCUCCAGUACCCCAUGGCCGUCUUCACCGCCUCCCCUUCAUCGGCCCAGUGGAGAUGGACCUACUACGUCCUGCUCAUGUGGGUAUUCGCCAUGCUCGUGCUGAUUGUGUUCCUCGUCCCCGAAACCUUUCACCCAAUCCUCCUCCGCAACAAGGCAAAGCAACUCCGCGCCUCGACCGGCAACGACGCGCUGAUCGCCCCCGUCGAGGCCAACAAAAAUCCAUCCUCGCCUCUGGGGGUCGGCCUCUCUUUCCUUGGUAUCGGCGUCGGCUUGCUGAUCGGCGUUGCCUCGGACCCGAUAUGGCAGCGCGUGCGAUCGCGCCUCGUCGCCAAUCUCGACGAGAAGUCUGGGGCGUCCGGCAGCAGUGAGCCCGAGUUCAGGUUACCCCCGGCUAUAGCGGGGUCUUUUAUUGCCCCUAUAGGACUGUUCAUGUUCGCGUGGACAUCGUAUGCAAGCAUUCACUGGAUAGUUGAUGCAUACCCGGAAUAUGCUGCGAGUGCUUUGGCGGCCAACGCCUUUGUCCGCUGCCUUUUCGCAGCCAUCUUCCCUCUCUUCGGAACCCAAAUGUACGAAAGGCUCGGGUUCCAGUGGGCGUCGUCCCUGCUGGCGUUCUUGACCUUGGCCAUGGUCCCAUUUCCGUACUUGUUUUUCAAAUAUGGCAAGCGCAUUAGAAAUCGAAGCCGUUACGCGAAAACCUGA